AUGUCUGAUGAUGAGGACGUGGAUGAAUAUGAUGUGGACCAGGAUGAAACCGACGAGGACAAAGAUAACAAAGAGACGGCAGAAGGGGAGGAGAAGGAGGGAGGAGAAGAACUUGAGGAGAUGUUGCUCCCCAAUCCCAUCACAGAGGAGGUAAUGAAAGAAAGUCUCUCUUUGCUCUGCAAGACAGGCAAUGGACUCUCCCAUGCUUAUGUGAAGUUGGAGGCCAAGGAAAAGGACCUGAGUGACAUUUCUCUGUUGACCUCCUACAUCCACCUGCGUUAUGUGGAUUUGUCUGACAACCGGCUGGUGGACCUGUCGCCCCUCAAUGGCCUGACUCACCUACUCUGGCUCAAGGUCGACAACAACCGGCUACUGAGUGCCCGAUUGACAGAGUUGCCCUAUUUGCAGAUUGCCAGCUUUGCCUAUAACCAAAUCAUGGACACUGAGGGCAUCCUGCAUCCCAGAUUAGUCAGCCUGGAUCUCAAAGGGAACAACAUCAAGAAAGUGACAGGCCUAGACCCCCAAAAACUGGGGAACUUGCAUACGCUUGAGCUCCGAGGAAACCAGCUGGAGAGUACACAAGGAAUCAAACUCCCUAAGCUAAAGAAUCUCUUCUUGGCCCAGAACCAGCUGAAGCAAAUAGAAGGACUUGAAAACCUGGAUCAUCUCACUACAUUGCAUCUUCGGGACAACCAAAUCAGUGUCCUGACUGGCUUCUCUAGUGAAAUGAAGGCCCUGCAGUACCUCAAUCUUCGGCCCUAUCGGGUCCGCUCUCUGCCGGCAGCCUGCCCGCCCGGGAUCUGCAGCGGCCCACGCCCCGCUCCCGGCUCCCGCUCCCUCCGCGCUGCCACCCGUUCUGCCGCAGGAAGGUGA